UCCCUAACUUCCACCGAUGAGGCGACAAGUGAAGAUUGAAAAACAACGUCAGAGACUCAGAAGUGUAGAACCGCAAAAGCUACAAUCGUGCUGACUGGUGAUUGGUGAGGGUGAUGCGGACUAAGCUGUGAACGACGAAGCUGUGAACAAGAAGCCUUCGAGCUACAGCUGCGAACGAGUGAAUAAGAACGGCAGACCCCAGAAGACUUCGAGCUGGUAACUAGAUUGCUAAUGGAAUCUGAAUCACCUCACUCGCUGCCCAGUCCACCUGAAUCACCGGCCACGCUUGAAUCUGAAACAGAGAAUGGUACUUCUAGCUGGAAGCGAACAAGAGAGUGUUUAAUAGAAAAGCCUCAUGUAGCACCUAAAACGAGGAGUAUUUAUUGGUACCAUUGUGUCAAAGGUUCGAGGAAGUUGGUAGAUGGGAGCACUCAAAGUAUUGGAAUAUGCAAUCACUGUAACGUUGAGAUUCCAACCGUACAGGGAAGCACUAGUGGUUUAAAGAAUCACUUAGUCAAGAGAUGCAAACUAAGUCCUCUAUAUGAAGGAGGGAGUGACAAAAGUCAAUCUGUGCUCACGAAUGAGAUGAUGGGACGGGUAUUUGAUUUAUAUGAAGUUGGCUUGCGUCAGGCUUUCCAGACACCCAAUCUUGUGAAGGAGUUAAAUAUGAAGGUUGGUAAGUUGUCUACUGGUGAUUCUCUAGAUAUGGCACCUGCUGAUGAAUCAUCCAUCAUUAAGAAUGGGGCGUCCCUUAAAGACAUGGAGGAAUGGAGGAGAAAUGGAGGAGUGAAGCUUUAGCCACUUAUCUUUUGGAGGUGCAACAAGCGUUCAAAGAUGUGUUAUUACAAACAUUAAUUAUCACUCAUUUAUGUUGGAUAAUUUUUCUAAUUUUCAUUAUGGAUGGUGUUGAGACUUGAGAUAUUAGAGCAUCAUUUUAGUAUUUUCUACUUCGGAUUAAAUAUUGUGUUUUACUUUUGGUAUAAGUUUAUGUAAUUGAUGUCGUUUGCAAGUUUUGAUAUAUCCAAAAUCAGUUUUUUUGAAUGUUCGGUAGGACCCUUAUGUCGAUGCUUUAUACAGAAUUGUCAUGGAA